GGCUCUGACGGCCUUCCUUCCUUCCUUUGUUUUUCCCAGUGGCUGGGCUUCUGCCCCUCGGUGCAGUUGGCAUUGGGCUGAUGGCUCUCGUGCCGGGAGGCCAGCGCAGACCUCACCCCUCAUUCCCACUCCCCACUGCUGGGCCGGCCCCUGCCCACCUAAACCCCUGCAGCCCCAGGUGUGAUAAACGCCCAGAGAAGCCCGCCCUUGCUCCACCCGUCUUUGUGUUUCAAAAGGAUAAAGGACAAAAGUCCUCUACAGAGCAAAAAGGCUUGUCGGAUUCGGGUGAGGAGGCUGAGGCCCCCCACCGUGGCCCGGCUCACCCCCCGCCAGCUGGUGAGCGGGCCCUAGAGCCUCCUGGCCCCGCUAACACUUCCUCCAGCACUCCUCCGCCUCCCGAUCCUGAAGCCCGGCUUCCUCCUUUGCCGCAAGAACUGGCAGGGAGGUCAGCUGGCGGCUCCAGUCCCGAGGGGGGAGAAGAUUCCGACAGAGAAGAUGGCAACUACUGCCCGCCCGUCAAACGGGAAAGAACGUCCUCGCUCACCCAGCUGCCACAUGCCCAGCCAGAAGAGAAGAGCAGUGGGUUCCGGUUGAAGCCGCCGACGCUGAUCCACGGCCAGGCGCCCAGUGCAGCCUCUUGUGUUGCAGGUCUGCCGAGCCAGAAGCCCAAGGAGCAGCAGCGGAGCGUGCUGCGCCCAGCUGUGCUACAGGCCCCGCCGCCCAAAGCCCUGCCGCAGAGCAUCCCAAACAGCGGCACCAACGGGGUCAGCAUCCUAGCAGACUGCACAGGGGCACGGGUGGCAGCCUCGCCCGACAGCCCUGCACGGAGGAGCCCCUCAGAAUAUGCCGAUGACGCCCAAACACACGAGGAGUCCCAGAGAAAGGAGCCGAGCAGGACUUCGGAGGAGGAGGAGGAGGACUGUGAGAAGAGAGAGCAGGUUGCACAGCAAGCCUUCGUGUUUGGGCAGAACCUGAGGGACAGGGUGAAGCUACUCCAUGAGAACGCGGACGCAGCCGACGCCGACAGUGCCGGGCAGCCCAGCUCGGACACACCAGCCGCAACCAACUACUUCCUUCAGUAUAUGAGCUCCAGUUUAGAGAACUCGACCAACAGUGCCGACUCUCCCAGCAACAAAUUUGUGUUUGGCCAGAACAUGAGUGAGCGUGUUUUGAGUUUCCCCAAACUGAACGAGGUCAGCUCAGAAGCCAGCAGGGAGCUCGCUGCCGCUGACUCCGGGUCUGAGUCCUCGUCCCAGGAGGCCACCCCCGAGAAAGAGUCCCUGGCCGAGUCGGCUGCCGCGUACACCAAGGCCACGGCGCGCAAGUGUCUGCUGGAGAAGGUGGAGGUCAUCACAGGGGAGGAGGCGGAGAGCAACGUGCUGCAGAUCCAGUGUAAACUGUUUGUCUUUGACAAGAGCUCGCAGUCCUGGGUGGAGAGGGGCCGGGGACUGCUCCGACUCAAUGACAUGGCGUCAACGGACGACGGGACGUUACAGUCCCGGCUCGUGAUGCGGACCCAGGGAAGCCUGCGGCUGAUCCUCAACACGAAGCUCUGGGCGCAGAUGCAGAUUGACAAGGCCAGCGAGAAGAGCAUCCGCAUCACGGCCAUGGACACGGAGGACCAGGGGGUCAAGGUCUUCCUGAUCUCGGCCAGCUCCAAGGACACGGGCCAGCUGUACGCAGCCCUGCACCACCGCAUCCUCGCCCUGCGCAGCCGAGUCGAGCAGGAACAGGAGGCCAAGACGCCAGCCCCUGAGCCGGGGGCUGCCCCGUCCAACGAGGAGGACGACAGUGACGACGACAACAUGCUGGCUCCCUCGGGAGCGGCCGCAGCCGGUGCCGGUGAGGAAGGCGAGGGCCAGACAGCCGGGAGCACAUAGCGGCCGGGGCCACGGCGCUCGGGGCUGCUGCUCUGGCCGCUCGACCACCACCCGCCUCUCCCCACGAGCAGCACACCCGGCGGGGUCGGCCUCAGCGGAGCCACACGUCCUGGGCCGGAGGAGCCUCGGGAGCUGCCUGACUGUGGUUGGGGACGUGAGCCCUCAUCAUAUUGAUGAGCAAACAAAAGAGCUUCCCCUGAAUUGAAACGGCA